CGCAACGUUUACAACAACAAAGGAUGAAGAAUAAAUGAAGUUACAAACUGGCUUUGUGCCCUUUCGUAACACAUGCGUACACGUGACGGCGGUUGUUACAUAGUUCACUACCGUGUGGUUGUAACGUUAAGUUAGUAGCAACCGCACAAAGACGGUUGAAAUGUGAAUGAACGAUUUUUCAUUCUUCCUUUUUGUGGUACCAUACAUUUCUAUAGAUCCAAUCAAAAGCAAUAAACUGUGACCUGGAAACGUCUGCUUGCCACAUAACAAAAUGAUUCGCAUAGCAGCACUGAAUGCUGCUUCGACAGCUGCAGAUGAGUCACAAGACCCCUUGAGAAAUCGCAAGAGUCAGACAAAAGAGGCUCAGGAAGCCGAGGCAUUUGCUUUAUAUCACAAAGCUUUAGAUCUACAAAAACAUGACAAGUUUGUGGAAUCUGCCAGCGCCUAUCAUGAGCUUCUCAAAACCCCACUGCUCAAAGAGGCCAUGGCCUCAGAUGAUCAAAAAGUGGGUCUCAAGCAUCCCGGGCUGAUGUUGAAAUAUUCUACUUUUAAAAACUUGGCUACUAUGGCUGCAUUGCGGGACGAUCUGGAGACUGCUAUGGAGUUUUAUUUGGAGGCAGUUAUAUUGGAUUCAACUGAUGUGAACAUGUGGUACAAAAUUGGUCAGGUGGCUGUGCGACUGGUGCGCAUUCCUCUGGCCCGACAUGCAUUUGAGGAGGGAUUGCACUGUAACCCAGACCACUGGCCCUGUCUGGACAACCUCAUAACGAUUCUCUACACACUCAGUGACUACACCUGUUGUUUGUACUUCAUUGCUAAAGCAUUAGAGAUGGAUCAUUGUUACACUAAAGGUCUAGUGUUGAAGGAGAAAAUCUUUGAGGAGCAGCCCUGUCUCAAAAGGGACACAAUGCAGAUGUUCAUUAAAUGUGAUAUGUCUAUUCACUAUGUGGAAGUGGAGAUGGAGGAAAGGAAAGCCAUUGUGGACGAGGCGCUGGAUUUACGGAAGCGGAGACAGGCCCUCUCUCACUCUGAACCAAAACCUGACCUCGUCCUGGUUCAACCCAUCCGCUGCCUCUCAUGGAAGCACUUGGGGGAGAAACUUCUUGCGAUGUACGAACACCAGACCACAUGUGAGCCACCGCGCCCAAGUCUUGGCCGCAGAAUUGACUUCUCAGAGUACCGUGACCGUAACUUUCUCCAGAACCUACCCCAACCCAGCAGCCCUGUCAGUAUGGGCCAGACCAACGUGCUGAGCAGCAGCCCCAGCUCAUCCUUGCCGCCAAUGGCCCUCCCUGAGCCUGCAGUGCUGCCGCAACCCAGCACGCAACCUCAGGUUACCCCAGCUCAGAACACCGUGGAGGUCACCACUUCUGCUCCCCCAGACGCGACAGCGGUAGAAGUUUCUCUGGCAGAUAAAGCGAAGAAAGCUCCAAAGAGGAAACGAGUGGUAGAAGAUAGCGGGGAGACGGCCAAGCGGCGCUCGGCACGUGUUCGCAACACAAAGUGCAAGAAGGAAGAGAAGAUUGAUUUUCAGGAGCUGCUCUUCAAAUACCUACCUUCCAGGCUAAAGAAGUUUGAUCCUGAUAAUGACGACGAGAGUCUGAGUAAUCAUGACACUCAGUGCGACAGGAAGGAGGACCCGCAGCCUCUGCUUGGGGGUUGCCUGCCUGCUGACUCUGUUGAAUACAUGGAAUCUGAACAACAAGAUGUCCACAACUUCCUGCUCAAUAAUAUGACCAAUGGUGGUUUACUGGACGUGAUGAUGCGCUAUCUGAAAGCAGUGGGCCAGAAGUUCACAGUGGAGUGGCCUCGGGGGCUCACUGCUGUGGUAUUGGAGGUCCAUCAGACCUGGAGGAAGCACAGCAGUGGUCUGCCUAACCCUCUGCUUCGGGACUGCAGCAAUCAACACAUCCAGGAAAUGUUGACAAUGAGCUUAGCGUGUAUGGAGUUGCAGUUGGAGCAAUGGAUACACAACAAAGGGAAGACCGUUUCUCCAAGAAGAAGCAUCAGCAGCAUUUGUCCCAGCAGCGAUGCAGCAGACUCUGAAUUCCCAGGGCAGCACUUCCAGAGUGAUUUGUUACUUCUGGCCUUGGGUUCUUCCCAAAGAGACCUGUUUGAUGAUGACUGGCUGGAUGUUAUGGUGCGGGUCUACUGGCUCAAGGCCCGAUUCUUGGCGCUGCAGGGAGACAUGGAGUCAGGCCUGGAGAGCUAUGAUGUCUGUGUUGGCCUGUUGCAGAGCAAACCAAAGACCCCCGAAGGCAAACAUUACACAAUCAGCCUGCCUAAUCUUUGUGUGGAUGCAGCGAUCUCUGUGGAGGAGAUUGACAAAAGGCUGAAGUCUCUGGAGCGCUGUCAGUCGUUGGAGGAGAUCCAGCGUCUCUUUGAGGCUGCGGACUUUGAUUCCGUUGUGCGUCUGCUGCAGCCCACUCUGAAUUACGGCAGCCGGUCCAAAACUCUGGAGUUUGUGAGCUCAGCACCAGAACGGCCUGCUCAGCUGAUGCUACUGCAGAAUGCGCUGUUGAAGCUACAGGACUACCGGCAAUGUUUUGAGUGCAGCGAGUUGGCUUUGAAUGAAGCCCUGCAGCAGCUCAACUCUGCAUCAAACAACUCUUCGCCUAGCAAGGAGGAGUGGGUCAGUACUAUUGGAAAGUUGCUGGAUGGCACAGAGAUCUGCUUCAUCAAAGACUCAGGCCUCCUCGGCAGUGUCCCCCACUUCCCUAGUAUGGCUCGACUAGCAAACAAUCUUAUCCAGCUGAUUGAUCUGAGCAUGAACAUUUCGGACGAUCCUAAGGAGCCUUACUUCUUCUCGGUUCUGCCUUGGAUCAUCCUGUAUCGCAUUAUCAAACAAGAGGAGGCUGCUUUUAACUGUAUGCUUCGACAGCACAUGUCUGCAGGGGAUGAUGAAGAUGACUCGGACGCUCCCAUGCUGCCCUCUUCACUGAUGCUUCUGAACACAGCCCACGAGUAUCUCGGCCGUCGCUCCUUGUGCUGCUACUCGGAGGGCGCACUCCUCAAGUUCUACGUUCAGGUUUUGAAAAAAGAGGUUGCAGCUUCUUCCAACAAUGACUCUCAUCCCUACAAAGAGGAGUUGGAGAUGGCCUUGGAACAGUGCUUUUUCUGCCUCUAUGCCUACCCCAGUAAGAAGAGCAAGGCCCGCUACCUUGAGGACCACUCAUCUCCACAGGUUGAGCUACUGUGGUCCGAGGCCCUCUUCAUGUUUGAGUAUUUCAAGCCAAAGUCACUGCCUGAGUUUGACAGCUAUAAGACGAGCACGGUGUCUGCAGAAUUGGCCAAUUUGCUGAGGAGGUUUUCUGGCAUCGCCCCCACAAGUGAAACCCCCACUCUCACCAUGGAUGAAUUGGCAGCCUACAUUGAGGGCAUGACGGAGAAGGCUCCGUGCCUUCCUGAAGGAAGUGCUCCUGCACCUGCAAUCAUUAAUGAGAUCUUCUAUCUGCUGGCUGAUUACCAUUUCAAGAACAAGGAGCAGUCAAAAGCCAUCAAGUUCUAUAUGCAUGACAUAUGCGUGUGUCCCAACAGGUUCGACUCUUGGGCCGGUAUGGCUCUAGCUAGGGCCAGUCGUAUUCAGGAAAAGCUCAACUCCAAUGAGCUGAAAAGUGACGUUCCGAUAUGGAAGCACUCCCAGGCAGUGUUAAACUGCUUUAAGAGGGCCCUGGUGAUCGACGGCUCCAAUCUGUCUCUGUGGAUCGAGUACGGUACCAUUUCAUAUUCGCUGCACACAUUUGCAUCAAGGCAGCUCAAGCAGUGGCGCAACGAGCUCCCCCCAGAGGUGGUCAAACAGAUGGAAGAAAGGAGAGACUCCAUGUUGGAGACAGCGUUCCAGUGUUUCCAGGGAGCUUCCCGUUGUGAGGGUGACAGUGACGAAGAGGAGUGGCUCAUUCACUACAUGCUUGGCAAGAUAGCAGAGAAACGCAAACAACCUCCGACGGAAUAUUUGGAGCUCUACAAAAAGGCAGCCCACUAUCUGCAUGAAGAAGCUGCUAGGUACCCCCGAAAAAUCCAUUACCAUAAUCCUCCGGACCUGGCCAUGGAGGCCCUUGAGCUGCAUUUCCGUCUCAGCGCCACCACUCUAAAACUAUUAGAGGGCGGCGUAUCUGCGCUGGAACACGAGCUCUUGUUCAGUUUGCUGGUCGAAGCCGCUACCGGCCCCUUCGCCAGGGGGGAAGAGAAGAGCAUGCCGAGCAUGCCUAGGUCCCUUGAAAAGGAGAAACCCCCGUCCAUGACGGAUGACGACUUUAAUUGCUCGUCCGUUUGCAUUGGAAACGCCCUCAUCUCCGCCCACCCGUCGGCUGCCACCCCAGGUCUGACUUCCCCGCCUUACGUGGCCACGCCGUUUGACCACGAUUACGCCAAACGCAAAACACUCCGACGGCAGCAGUGGCAGCAGCAGCGGAAUGAGGAGCAGCAGGCCGAUGGUUCAACAUUUUCAAGGAGAGUGGCAUCGAAUCUGUAUUCAGUUGUGAAGAAAGCCUCACCCGAGUUUGACCAUGAUUACUGCCUGCCCAGGUCUCCAAUGUGGCUGGCUUCCCUGGAUGAGCGCAGUCAGGACAGUGAGGUGGUGAUUCUCUCUGACUCCAACUCCACCCAGGACGCCUUCACAGAUCCCACGAGCUCACAGGACAGCAGCCACAAACCUGCGUCUGGGAAAGCCAGCUCGUCCUCAUCGGAAAGUACAACCCCGGUGAAGGACGGACAGUUUGCAUCCGAGGGCAUAGUGUUACAUGGAGGACAUUCCGGCCUCCAGACGGAAGACAAAAUAAUCCAGGAAGAAGUAGAAGCCGUGGUGGUGACCCUCCCUGAGGCCCCAGACCCCAAGGCCUCCGUGGAAGCGUGUCCUCAUCCUCUGCCGCUCCCGGCCACCCCGCCGAAGCCCCCCCACUCGCAGCAGCCGGCGCCUCAAACCCCGGCCAGCGAGGGCAAAAGGAAGCCGGAGCCCCCGGCCGAGCCGAUCGAGGUGCCCACAGCCCUGCCCGCGGAUAUCGGCGACCAGAGACGAUUGCUGGUGGAAAUGUGCGUCCGGGCUCUCUUCCUCUGCCUCGGCCGCUUCCCUCAGCACUACAAGAGCCUCUACCGCCUGGCCUACUUCUACUCCAGCAGCAAGACCUAUCGGAACCUACAGUGGGCAAGAGAUGUGUUGCUAGGAAGCAGUGUCCCAUGGCAACAGCUGAAGCACAUGCCAGCACAAGGACUUUUCUGUGAAAGAAACAAGACAAACCUCUUCAACGGCAUCUGGCGUAUUCCUGUGGAUGAGAUUGAUCGCCCGGGAAGUUUUGCUUCUCAUAUGAACCGAUCCAUCGUCCUCUUGCUGGAAGUGUUGUCUCAGCUUAAAGAUCACGAUACUCUGGUGAAAGUCUCUUUCAUGCUGCAGAGAACCCCUGACCAGGGAAAGAAGUAUUUACGAGAUGUUGAUCGGCAGGUUUUGGCCAAGAGAGCAUUCUUCCUAACUGUAAAAGUCCUGGAGGACAAUCUGAACAGUCUCAAAGGGGUGUCUGAGCAGCUUCACAAAGCGCCGGUGCCCUCAAUGGGGGAGAUGACCACAACGGACGCAUGCAACAGGCCCAGCUCGGAGGACGGAAAACAUGCUCCGCUUAAGAAGCCCGAGAUCCCAGAGGGAGCUUGUGCCGGUGUGCCGGGGCCCAAGGAAGCCCCCCCGUCCCAUCUCCUCCCUCAGCCGCUGGCCGCAGACACUGGGAGUAAAGUUCAGGAAAUCUACACCGGGAAGACUGAGUUCGCUGUGAGCGAGGGACACAAAGCGGGGCCGGAGGAGCCCAUGGAGCUGGACCCCGGCCACUGGAGGAGGCCCGCCGCUACCGCCGAUCCUCAGCACAACCAGACGGCGGCUGAGGCCUCCGCGGAGCCCCAGCCGAAAGGGACCGACAGCAGCCGGACGCCAGAGCUGUCUCUGGAGGAGCUUAGUAUCAGUUCAAGGCAGCAGCAGCUCCAGGCGUCGGCGGCCAAGGUCACGGUGGCGGCCAGCGGCGCGGGUCAGGGGUUACUCCGGCGGCCCAGCAGGAAAAGGAAGCUCCUCGACGACGUGGAGUCCGGAAAGACGCUGCUGCUCGACGCCUACAGGGUGUGGCAGCAGGGCCAGAAAGUCAUGACAUACGACCUCGCUCGCAUUGAAAAGAUCAUGUCGGAGACCUACAUGCUCAUAAAACAGGUCGAUGAGGAUGUAGCUCUGGAUCAAGCUAUGAAGUUCUGCCAGAUCCAGUUGGCCACUUCUGCCCAAAGACAGCCUGCGGCCGAUGCCCCGACCACGCCCAAGUACACCAAGGACCACAUCUUCUUCCCCGCCUCCCUUUCGUCCCCUGUCCUGCUCAGCCACGCCGCGUGCCACCCGCUGACGACCCCGGAGGGUCAAGCCAAAGUGGCGUACGAGCCCCUGAGCAAGCUGUCCAGACCUCAAGCCUCAGGAUUCCACGAUCAGCCGCAGCAGAGGAGGGCGUCAAGCCAUCCCGCUGCUGCCACCGCCGCCACCAUGGCCUUCCUACCACACACAGAUGAGCGGGAGGAGCCCUCAGAAGGACUUCCCUACCGACAGCAGGAGUCUCACCUUUGCCAGCAGAUGAAACUCGCCUCUGUAUCCCAAGGCCAGCAGUCGGCAGCAGCAGCAACAGCAGCAGCAUCAGCAUCCGCAUCCGCAGCAGCAGCAGCAGCCUGGUUCCAGGGGAAAACGGCCACAUGUAGUAUCACCCAACCAGUUCCAGACCAGCAGCAGUAUGCCAGCGACGAUCCGUCCAAACUUCCAGACGCCGGCCGAAUCCGCUCCCGUGUCCCGCACGACAUGCCAAAGCUCUACAUCCCUUCCUCCGUCACCAAGUUCCCACCAGAAAUCACAGUCACGCCUCCGACGCCCACGCUCCUGUCCCCGAAAGGCAGCAUCUCCGAGGAGACCAAGCAGAGACUGAAGAACGUCAUCCUCUCGUCUCAGUCUGCAGCCACAGUCAAAAAGGACACUCUGAGCCAGCCAGCGCUGGAAGUGCAGGAGACGUCCAGCCAGGAGUCAUCUCUUGAAAGCGAGUCAGACGAGGAGGAAGAGGACGAGGAGGAGGAGGAGGAGGAGGACGACGACGACGAGGACGAUGAGGAGGACGACAUGGACAUGGACGUCUGAGCCGCUGGAGGCCUUGUGUGCACGCUGAAAGUGAAUGCAAUUUGGCGUCGCCUCUUGUCUUAAAGGGGAAUGGUACGCGUCGAUGCUAUUGCUCCCUCGUGUGCGUCGCCAGAAAGCUCCCCACAACUGAAAUAAAAACGCAGUAGUGUCGUUGCCUGUUGUCGUGUCGCCGCGCUGCGCUGCUCCUCAGCGGUGCAGGUGUGUGUGAGAGGGAUGAGGACGGCUUUAGUCCCGCAGCAUGUCUGUAAUGUUCCAUUUAUGCAUAUCGCACAUCGGUGUACCCGGCUCUCCUGCACUCGGCCUUUAAAGCCGGCCUGUUCCGCGUUUUAUUUUUCUACGCUGUGUGCUGACUGUACCUCCAAGCUGCAGCUAAGCACCCGUCUGAGGGGCCUCGGUCUGGACUGACGCCCGGCAGCAUGGGCCUGCUGUCCACCACUUUUAAUCACUUUGGCAAUUUCAUCUGCAACACCCAUUGCACUGGGACACUGGGACACGGAACAUUUCAAUGAACACCAGGGUGAAAUAAGGACAAUCGGCUGCAUUCGAGGUUCACCUGUGGAGCCUCACAACCUGUAGCAGACCAGAAAUGUUUACACUGAACGUUUGGGAGUUUUUCUUUUUUUUUCAGUUGUCACUAAACUUUGUGCUAUUUUUGUAUUUUUUUUUUGUAAUAUUUUGUCCUAUAUAUUUUUCUUUUUUUGUGUGUGCAAUUGUAGCUAAGAGGUUCAUACCAGGAAGACAUUCCGUCACCAGCACUGAUCGGAACGAUGUAGAAAGAGGUUUUAAUUAUGACUUUUGUACAUAUCACAACCAAAAACCUUCUCUAAUAUGUUUUAAUGCGCUGAGUAUUGAGCUUUAUUUUUAGUCAACUCAGGAAGCGAUUUGCCUUGACCAGACGCUUCACAUGAUCCUUCCUGAUUUCAGUGGAUUUAAAAUACCUGCCGUGGAUGAUAAUGAUAUAAAUGCCUUUCCAUUGAAACCAUUUUGGUAAAUUUGUCACAAUUCCAGCUGAACUCAGAGGAAGACAACCGAAUGUUUUUUACAGAUUUGUUUUCUAUAAAAAAUAAGAUAUUUAAUGAUUGUGUUUCUGGAAAAUAUCUACUAAUAAGAAAAAAAAAUACAAAUGCAAAACUAAAAUCACCCAUAGAAAAGAAAUUGAUGAAUUUUUGUGUCCGUUUUGUUUUUUGUUGUAAGUAAGCUAGUUUUCUAUUGUUCUUAUGGGAGUGUACUAGUGUAACAGCCACCCCCCCCCCCCCCCCCCCUGAUCAGGCUGCUGGAGUCUGGGAUGAAUGCAUUAUGUUUGUGUCAAACCAAAAAUAUAUUUGAGAAACACAUUUGUUCUGUGUGCUACUUCAAACCACCACUCUCAAUGGUUAUUUGGUCUUUAUGAACUCGGCCCUCUUGGUCAUUCUCCGAAGGACCGUUUGGGAGGCCGAGGGAUGGUUUUCCAUUUAAGAAACCUGUACUAAGGGCUGCAUAAAUUACAUAGGGGAGAAACAACUGUCAUUCACAUGCACGCGCACCACACACUAAGUAUUACAAAUACAGAGCAGUUUGGAUCUUGAAUAAUGACGAGGCAAAUACUGGACAAGCUCAAUAACACCCUCACUCAAUGCUCAAUCCUAAUUUCCUCUGGCCGGUAAUAUAACACAAAUAUAAACUAUAAAACUUCCCACUAUACAUCCUCACACUUAACAUAACAUUAGGAAACCCCCUGACUGACGAGUCAUUGCAGGAUAGUCAAGUCAAUAUGAUUUAUUCAGCCCUCUGAAGGACCCUUCAAUCUGUGCAGCACUCUACACCCGCAGUCAUUAACAUAAAC